AUGUCGUCGCGGCGCCAAUCAGUAUCAACCGCACUCAACGACGGGCACUUGGAUCCGUUUAUUGCUGCUCUCUGGGGGUUUGAAGGUCUCCCUGAGGCGUUAGCUACCGUCAAGCAACGAGACGCGUCGACAACUCUAACGACUCAGGACCCAGUGGCAGGAAACUCACUAGAGACGAAACCCGAGACACUGGUGAAUGGGACAACGAACAUGGAUGCCGAAUCUUCUGCACCCUCUCAGGCAAGUUUGCGGCUGCAAGGGGCAGAUCAACAUGGGAGGGACACUUUGAGCGGCCUGGACAUUCAGUUUUCCAAGAUAUGGGGCCGAAGUACAACGAGAAUCACUCUGGACGAGUACAAACAGCUUUACCAAGCAAACUUUCUCGCCAUCAAUCAGCUCAUCGAAACACAAGAGUCUAUCCUCGUCGACGCUGUUCGUAGAUACCAAGCGGAUGAAGAGCACGUCCGGCAGACGCGUCUGUAUAUGGAGCACGCCCGACAAGCUCAGUCCCUCUCGCUAUUUGAUCCAGACUAUGGCACCCUCCUCGUGGAUGCACAGCACGGCUCUCCACUCAAACCAUUGCAUAAUCACUCGGCGGUGGGCGUCGACCCACUUUCACCGAGCAUGUUUGGGAGCCAGGAGGCCCAGGAGUAUCCGUUGAGCGAGACUGCCUCUACAAAGGCAGAUAUCGACGCCUUGACAGAGUCCUUAGGUCCUCUGAAUCUGCAGGAGCCACUGAGCGAGACUGCAGCAAGGAGCGCGUCAUGGUCGGCACCCAUCCGGGAAAGGACCUUUCCCCAAGAACAAGCCGCUUCCAGAAUGCGAGGAAGAUCGCAUGCCGACGUCCCUUCGCCCGCUUACCCUUAUUCCACCUUCCGACCUACGGCUCCCCCCGUUCUCUCCGCAUCCAGCCACAACCCGUCAUUUCCCUCGGCGUCGUAA